UAUUCCCGUGAGGGUCCACUUGACGCUCGGUCCGGGAGCGUCCCAUGGACCACCAGAUCAGACCAGGGACAGCUUCGUAGCGAAGUGGAAGCCGGUGGCAGCGGUAGUGGCGGCCUGAGCCCGAGCUGCACGGGCGGAAAGCACCCAGGAUUGGGGAAGCACCAGGAGCCGUGCUGCGGCGCCUCCCUUUCCCAAGGGGCCGCGGCGGCAGUCAAGGGGCGCGGCACCACCGCGAGCGACCCAGGCCGGGCUUCCAAACGGGCAGUUCAGGCUCCUCCUCCCUGGCCGCCUCACCUGCGGGCUGCGCCGCGCCGUCUCCACUUGCGUGGACCGCACCUGCAACCACGCCUCGCUCACGGGUCUCCGCCGGUCGCCGCGCACCUCCCACCCACUUCGGCGCCAGGCCCGGGCCGCGCACCUGGAACCGCGGGGCUUUGGGAGCCGAGAAUCCGAGGACCCGGGGUCUUCCCACUGCCCGGGAGGACGCAGGUGGAGCGAGUGCAGCAGCUUCGUGAAAUCCGGCGUCCGCUGCCGCCACUGUCGUCCCAGCAGCGGACGAGUCCCGGAGACUGAGCGGACUGUGCUUGCGCUUGGGGAGGAGGCGCGGGCAGCUGGGCACCAUGAACGGCAGUAGCGCCAACAUCACCUACGCAAGUCGCAAGCGGCGGAAACCCGUGCAGAAAACCAUCAAGCCAAUCCCGCCUGAAGGAAUCAAGUCCAAUCCUUCCAAACGACAUAGAGACCGACUCAAUACCGAGCUGGACCGUUUGGCGAGCCUGCUGCCUUUUCCACAAGAUGUUAUUAAUAAGCUGGACAAACUUUCCGUUCUUAGGCUCAGUGUCAGUUACCUAAGGGCCAAGAGCUUCUUUGAUGUUGCAUUAAAAUCCUCCUCAGCCAGCAGAAGUGGAGUCAAGGAUAACAGUGGAACCGAAUUUGGGAACGGUCUGAACUUCCAUGAAGGAGAAUUCUUGUUACAGGCCCUGAACGGCUUUGUGUUGGUCGUCACUACAGAUGCUGUGGUCUUCUAUGCUUCUUCUACUAUACAAGAUUAUCUGGGGUUUCAGCAGUCCGAUGUCAUACAUCAGAGUGUGUAUGAACUGAUCCAUACUGAAGACCGAGCUGAAUUUCAGCGGCAGCUACACUGGUCAUUAAACCCUUCACCGUGCACAGACUCUGGGCAAAGAGUCGAUGAAGCUAAUGGCCUCCCACGGCCGGCAGGCUACCUUAACCCAGACCAGCUCCCCGUAGAAAACUCUGCAUUCAUGGAGAGGUGCUUCGCCUGCCGCCUGCGGUGCCUGCUGGACAACUCCUCUGGCUUUCUGGCAAUGAAUUUCCAAGGGCGGUUAAAGUAUCUUCAUGGCCAGAACAAGAAAGCAAAAGAUGGAACAGUGCUUCCCCCUCAGUUAGCUCUGUUUGCACUAGCUACUCCACUUCAGCCACCGUCUAUACUUGAAAUCCGAACCAAAAACUUCAUCUUUAGAACAAAACACAAACUAGACUUCACACCUAUUGGUGUGGAUUCCAAAGGAAAAGUUGUUUUAGGCUACACUGAAGCAGAGCUGUGCAUGCGAGGGUCCGGGUAUCAGUUUGUUCAUGCUGCCGACUUUCUCUACCUUGCGGAGUACCACAUCCGGAUGAUUAAGACCGGGGAGAGCGGCUUGGUGGUGUUCCGGUUGCUCACCAAAGGCAAUCAGUGGACCUGGGUGCAGUCGAACGCACGCCUGGUUUACAAAAAUGGGAGGCCGGACUACAUCAUCGCGACCCAGAGGCCACUGACAGAUGAAGAAGGAACAGAGCAUCUAAGAAAACGAACUUUGAAGUUGCCUUUUAUGUUUGCCACGGGAGAAGCUGUGUUGUAUGAGAUAAAUAACCCCUUUCCUCCCGUGAUGGAUCCCUUACCAGUAAGGCCUAAAAAUAUUGAGAGUGGAAAAGAUUCUGUUACUGAGUCAGCUUUACAUAAGAAUUCCCUCUGGACUUCCCUUAUGCAACAAGAUGAGUCUGUUUAUCUCUCUCCUGCUGCAAGUAGCGCACCUUUGGACAGAGAUUUUCUUAAUGAAUAUGUGGACAAAGGCAGUAGUUGGCAAGACAGCAUUGCCCCAUUGGGAAAUGGCAUCCUGAAACAUGAGCAAAUUGGUCAGCCUCAGGAAAUGAACAUGACACUCUCUGAAGGCCCAGUAGGGCUCGUCUCAGACAAUAAAAAUAAUGAUUUGUACAGCAUUAUGAAACACUUAGGUAUUGAUUUUGAAGAUAUUAAACAUAUGCAACAGAAUGAGGAAUUUUUCAGAACUGACUUUUCUGGUGAGGAUGAUUUCCGAGACAUUGACAUAACAGAUGAAAUCCUGACGUUCGUCCAAGAUUCUUUAGAUAAGUCCACCUUCGUGUGUCCAGGCUACCAGCAGCAACCACCCACGGCACUGAGCUCAAGCUGUAUGGUCCAGGAGCAACUGCAGUUGGAGCAACAGCAGCUACAGCCCCACCCAAGGCCCCCCGCCAUGGAGCAGCAGCAGCUGUGCCAGAAAAUGAAGCACAUGCAAGUCAAUGGCAUGUUCACCAAUUGGAGCUCUAACCAGCCCAUGCCUUUUAGUUGUCCUCAGCAAGACCAACAACAGUAUGGUGUCUUUUCAGACUUACCUGGGACCAGUCAAGAGUUUCCCUACAAAUCCGAGAUUGAGACUGUGCCUUACACACAGAACUUUAUUCCCUGUAACCAGUCUGUGUUACCUCAACAGGGGACGCAGCUAGACUUUCCCAUAGGGAAUUUUGAACCAUCCGCAUACCCCACUACUACUACUAAUUUAGGAGGUUUUGUCCCAUGUUUACAAGUUUCGGAAAACCAAAAAAAGCAUGGGCUACAUCCACAGGCAAGCCUAGUAACCCCGCAGACGUGUUAUUCCGGGGCUGUGUCGAUGUACCCGUGUCAGCCGGAACCUCAGCAGCGCCAUGUGGCCCAGAUGCAGAACAGUGCAGCAGUGCCAAACACGCGGGCGUUUUUAACCGAGUUUCAAAAUGGAGUUUUUAAUGAAAUCUAUCCAGGCGAAUUAAGUGCUACAAAUAACACUCAGACGGCCACACACCUCCAGUCCCUUCAUCAUCUGUCAGAAGCCAGACCUUUCGCUGAUUUGACAUCUACUAGAUUCCUGUAAUUCCAAGACCAAUUUUUACCUUGGAUUUGGUUUAAAUUAGUUUGUGGAAGGUCACGGGUACUAAAACUGUCAGUGUUCGCCAUCAGCAAGUCCACAUGGAGACACUGAGGGGUGGUGGUCCCACUGUUAAUACCAAGCCCCACUCUAGUAUUUUUCAAAGAGGAGUUAAAAACAUACCACACUUACACACCUACCACAGUCAUUCAAACAGAAAGGGUCCUGCUGCAGAAUGGUGAGAGAUGCCACCUACGUUCACAUUCUGAGUGCCACAAACUAAACAAAAUUGAUUCAGGGGCAGGUUAAGAAAAUGUUCUCUAUUGAAAUUACUUCCGUCAGAAUAAAAAAAUUCUUUGAGCUUUGCA